UGAAUUCUUAUAAUUUUGUUUUGUCCUUUGUUUUUACAAAAAAUGAAGAUCCAAAACCGAAACCUCUCUCUCGUAACCUUCCUUCAACUAAUCUCUCUCCUUUCCAUUUGUACUGAAUCUGCUCAGCCACCAUUUUCAUGUGAUCUGUCUAACCCAUCAGCAAAAUUAUACCCUUUUUGCCAAACUUCACUGCCCAUUAGCAAAAGGGUUGAAGACCUUGUAUCAAGACUCACAUUAGAUGAGAAAAUAUCUCAACUAGUGGACACAGCUCCUGCAAUUCCGAGACUUGGCAUUCCUGCCUAUGAAUGGUGGUCCGAAGCAUUACAUGGUGUUGCCUUUCUACCUGAUGUCAGCCAAAGACAAGGCAUUCAUUUCAAUGGAACCAUUAAAUCAGCCACUAGUUUUCCUCAGGUCAUUCUCACUGCUGCUUCAUUUGAUACCCAUCUUUGGUAUCGCAUUGGUCAAGUGACUGGAAAAGAAGCUAGAGCUAUAUAUAAUGCUGGACAAGCGACAGGGAUGACAUUUUGGGCACCAAAUAUUAAUAUAUAUAGAGAUCCAAGAUGGGGAAGAGGGCAAGAAACACCUGGAGAAGAUCCAAUGGUUACAGGGAAAUAUGCAGUAUCAUUUGUGAGAGGCGUUCAAGGAGAUUCUUUUGAAGGAGGGGCAAUUGGAGAGCAUCUUCAAGCUUCAGCCUGUUGCAAGCAUUUUACUGCUUAUGACAUGGAUAAAUGGCAAAACAUGACUAGAUUCAUCUUUAAUGCUCGAGUCACACUGCAAGAUUUGGCUGAUACAUAUCAACCUCCAUUUCGAAGUUGCAUUCAAGAAGGAAAAGCCAGUGGGAUAAUGUGUGCUUAUAAUCAAGUUAAUGGAGUCCCAAAUUGUGCCGAUUACAAUCUUUUAUCUAAGACAGCAAGAGGACAGUGGAACUUCCAAGGGUAUAUCACGUCUGAUUGUGAUGCAGUCUCUAUCAUCUAUGAUGAUCAGAGAUAUGUUAAUUCACCAGAAGAUGCAGUUGCAGAUGUACUUAAAGCAGGGAUGGAUGUGGAUUGCGGUUCUUAUUUGCAGAGCUACACAAAAUCAGCAGUUAAAAAGAAGAAAGUGGCAGAAUCUGAAAUAGACAGAGCUCUUAAAAAUCUCUUUUCUGUUAGGAUGAGACUUGGACUAUUUAAUGGCAAUCCAACUAAACAGCCUUAUGGAAACAUUAAUGCAGAUGUAGUUUGUUCUCAAGAACAUCAAGCUUUAGCCCUCGAAGCAGCUCGGGAAGGCAUAGUUCUGCUAAAGAACUCCAAUAAACUUCUCCCACUUUCAAAAUCAAAAACCAACUCCCUUGCAGUUAUCGGUCCCAAUGCCGAUAAUUCUUCUACACUUCUUGGAAAUUAUGCAGGUCCCCCUUGCAAAACAGUUACACCAUUGCAAGGAUUACAGAAGUACAUUAAGAACACUAGAUAUCACCGGGGUUGCGACACAGUUGCAUGUUCCUCAACUACGGUGGACCAAGCAGUAAAAAUAGCAAAAGAGGCAGAUCAAGUGGUGUUAGUCAUGGGACUUGAUCAAACCCAAGAAAAGGAAGAGCAUGAUCGUGAUGAUUUGGUGCUACCAGGGAAGCAACAGAUGCUGAUAACCAGCGUUGCACAAGCUGCAAAGAAACCUGUUAUCUUAGUGCUUCUUUCUGGAGGACCAGUAGACGUAUCUUUUGCCAAAUAUGAUAAGAACAUAGGCAGCAUUCUGUGGGCUGGCUAUCCAGGUGAAGCUGGCGGAGAUGCCCUUGCAGAAAUCAUCUUCGGCGACUACAACCCAGGAGGGAGACUACCAGUGACAUGGUAUCCACAAGAUUUCACCAAGAUACCAAUGACAGACAUGAGAAUGCGGCCUCAACCAUCAUCAGGAUAUCCCGGUCGCACUUACAGAUUCUAUAAAGGCAAAAAGGUCUUUGAAUUUGGUUAUGGUCUAAGUUACUCAAACUAUUCUUAUGAGUUUGCUCCUCUUAUGCAAAACAAGAUUUCACUAAGAUCAAAAAUUGAUCAAAAGCUAGAAGACAGCACACCUGUAAGUUACAGGUCAGUAUCAGAAAUAGGAGAACUCUGUGAAAAGAGUAGUCUUUCAGUUACUGUAAGAGUUGAAAAUCAUGGUGAGAUGGCAGGCAAGCAUCCAGUAUUGCUUUUUUUGAGGCAACCAGAGCUUGGAAAUGGGAGGCCAAUGAAAAAGUUGGUGGGAUUUCAAACUGCGAAACUGAAUGCAGGGGAGAAAGUUGAAAUUGAAUAUAAGCUUAGUCCUUGUGAGCACCUUAGCAGAGCCAAUGAAGAUGGUUUGAUGGUGAUAGAUGAAGGGUCUCAAUUCUUGAAUGUUGGAGACAAAGAGUAUCCAAUUAGUAUAAUAAUUUAAUACUUGGAACUGAAUUUUUGAACACAAUGGACGUAUUGACUGAUGAACUGGAAUCCUACUAUGGCAUAAUUAGGCUUCCAUCAAUGGAUUGCCAAUCCCAAGUGUCCAUCAAUGGAUUGCCAAUCCCAUAUGUCCAUCAAUGGAUUGCCAAUUUCAAAUGUUAUACCAAAUAAAGUCACAUGUGAGCUGAUGUUUUUCAUUCAGAAAAAAAAAAAAAAAUGAAGUUGCAUUACUUAUAAAAGUAAUUAUCAUUUGAUGCAUUCUAGCAUUUCUGAAAUUAUUCUGGACAGAAAACAAAGACAGAAAUGGCCCAACCUAUCCUUUUCAGGUUGGAAGAACAAACUGGAAUCCCACCAUGCAGAGAAAAAAAAAGGAAAGAAAGAAAAAGAGAAAUGUGUAAUAAAACCUGUAUAGAGAAACAAAGAGAGGAGAGGGUGCAGAUGAUGCUCAAUGUAAAAGCCAUUUACUGUUUGAUGACUUAGCAA